AUGUCGACCCGCGGCGGACGAGGUGGACGAGGCGGUCGGGGCUUCAGCAGAGGGCCCGCAGGCGGCGGUGGACGCGGCAAUCGCGCACCUUCAGGGCCAUGGGGGAGGUUGAAGCCCGUCGACCUGGAUCCGCUUGACAGCAUCGGGUUGCCGUCUAAGGGUGACACCCGACUGCUCGACUUCAAGACCCAGGAACGGUACUACACCAAGAUCGUUGAGCGGUACAUGACAUUCUGCUCCGACGCAGGCGAGCGCGACGAGCUCCUCCGCCGCUUCGCCUCCCUCGACAUCAAAGACACCAUCUCCCCGCCCUCGCCGCGCCUCCUCCCGCCCGACGACCCCGCCAACACGAAAGCCCUCUCGGACGUGAUGAUGGCGCUGCGCAAGCUGCGCGAGGGCAUCGUCGCCUCCAAGCGCAUCGACGAGUUCGCCAUCCAGGCGUACCUCUUCAACAUCCGCCUGUCCGUGCUCGUCAAGCACCCGGAGUCGUACCACCCGGCCAUCCUGCACGUCCUGCGCGUCAUCCAUCCCGCGCAGAACCUCACCAGCGUCGAGCUGCAGGAGGUCCUCGGCUACCUCGUCCUCGACGCGGCCUGCCGGCGGGGAGACCUCGCGGAGGCGUACGCGAUCAGGCAGAGGUACAGGUUGAAGGAUGCCAAGGUGGACGCGGUGCUGGCGGCGCUGGCGCAUGAUAACUUUGUGGCGUUCCGCAGGGUGCAGAGGAGCGUGGACGGGCACCGGGCCAAGUUGUUGGAGUUUGCGGACGGGGAGAUGCGGACGCAUGUGUUGAAGUGCUUUGGGAGGACGUAUUUGGGUGUAGAUCUGGAGUGGUUGGAGAGGUGCGCGGGCGAGAAGUGGGAUGUGUUGACGGGGCAGCGAGAGGUCGGGUGGGAGCUUGACGGGAAGAGGGUCGUUAUUCGGAAGGUUAGGGCGAAGUGA